ACCGGAGCGGCCAUGAGCGAGCGCAGCCCCAAUGAGUCCCCCUCAGCGGCGGAGGCUCCUGGAGGGCAGGAGGGAGCCAAAGCCGGGGACCCCAAGAAGGUGGAGGAGGAGGAGAUCGACAUAGACCUGAGCGCACCCGAGACCGAGAGAGCCGCACUCGCCAUCCAGGGCAAAUUCCGCCGCUUCCAGAAGCAGAAGAAGGAAUCGGGGCCCUGA